CGUAUGAUAAGUUAAUUCUUUGUAACCCAAACAAAGAUUCAUCUCUCUCCAUUGUUCUUCCACCACAACUACCCACAAUCAAAUUCCCGAAAAAUAAAAAAUAAAAUGUCAUUCAUGGACAGAUUCAAGAGUGUAGCCCAGGACAUGGGCAAGAUGGCUACUGAGGCUGGUAAGCGCUUCCAAGAGACCGCCGCCGUGACAACUCGUCAAAUGACCGAUACUGCCAAGAAUGCCAACAUUUCCUCACCUCUACCCGACGAAAAUGUCACUGAGGAUCUCAAAAAGGCUGCCAAUUUGCUCCGUAGCUUUGUCGACAAAGAGGAGAAUGAGACCGGAUUUGAUAACAUCAUUCCCCCUGGGAUUUUACGCAAGGCCAAAGGACUAGCCAUCUACACUGUCGUCAAAGCUGGAUUUAUUGUGAGUGCACGUGGAGGCAGUGGAGUAGCAGUGAUCAGGAAGGAUGAUGGUCAAUGGUCUGCUCCCAGUUUCAUUGCAACCGGAGGUGUCGGAUUCGGAGCGCAGGUGGGCGCAGAUGUCACAGAUGUCGUUCUAGUGUUGAUGACAGAUGAGGCUGUUGAAGCCAUGUUCGUCCAAGGUGGAGGCGUCUCUCUUGGUGGUGGUCUAUCUGUUAGCGCAGGACCUGUAGGUGUUGGGGGUGAGCUCGGCCUUGCGACUAGUUCACAGGUUGUUGCAGCUGCGUCAUCUGUCUUUUCAUACACAAAAUCCAAGGGUCUCUUUGCAGGUGUUUCCUUGGAUGGUACCAUCCUUCUUGAGCGCAAGGAAGCGAAUGCGGCAUUUUAUGGACGUGCCAUCUCUGCAGCUGAGAUUCUGAAAACCAUGCCUCAGCCUCCCGAAGCUCUUGAGCUCUAUACAGUCAUUGAGAUAGGUCUUGCUCGUGAACUGUAGUCUUAUAAAUAAAAGGCGGUCCAAAUAGCCAAAUAGCGCUUACGGCAUGAUGAUGGUGGAUGGUGG